CCCUCCCCACUCAUCCACACAAUUAUGUACUUCCCUGUACCUUCCCCAUUUUGCCUCACUUGCUGCACCCACAAAUGCUAUUUUUUUCAACCUGGUGUAUCUCAGAACAAGAUUAGAAGUCAAUAGACUUAAGGUGUGUCUCCCUCUGUAUUUUCUUUUCUUUUUUCUUUCUUUCUUUCGGAAAAAGAACAGGGGAGGAGAACAAACAGAUGCAAGCCCAUCCCAACUUCCACCACUUGCCUGAUUCGGGGGAAGGACAACGUAAGACCAGAGUUCAAAAUUCAGACAAACAUCUCUGAACCCACACAAGGAAAGCUUUCCUCGACAAGGCAAAUAGUCCAGGGAACACUACUGACUGCAGAAACCUGGAGGAAAUAGACAUGAACUCUGCUGUGGUGAGGUUGUGCUGCUUCUUCCUCACUUUUUGCCGUGGGAUACUUGGUGAUGUUCUUCAGCUAGACAAAAUGUAUGGGAGGAUCGCAUCUCCGGACUACCCAAACGUGUAUCCUAACAGCAAGGAGAGGAUAUGGAAUAUCACUGUGCCUCAGGGCUACGCUAUCCACAUCUAUUUCACUCACUUCAACGUUGAGCUCUCUUAUCAGUGUGAAUACGACUAUGUCAAACUGCAUUCGGGAGGAAAGGUCGUGGCCACGCUUUGUGGGCACGAGAGCACUGACACCGAGGAGGCCCCUGGGGAAAAGAUAUACCGCUCAGUCGAUAACAACUUAGUAGUGACUUUCAGGUCGGAUUACUCCAACGAGAAACCAUUCACCGGCUUUGAGGCUUUCUACGCCACUGAAGACAUCGAUGAGUGCAAACAGCAGCUUGAGGACGAGUCACCUUGUGACCACCACUGUCACAACUACCUGGGCGGCUUUUAUUGCAGUUGCCGAAUUGGCUACCUCCUGCACAGGGACAAGAAGACUUGCAAAGCGCACUGUCCGAAUACGGUGUUGACAGCAAGAACUGGAGAGAUCUCCAGCCCCAAUUACCCCAACCCGUAUCCUAAACUCUCUGAGUGCAACUACAGCAUCCGGGUAGAGGAAGGUUUCGUGGUCAUCCUAGAAUUCGUGGGGAUCUUUGAUGUAGAAGCCCAUCCAGAAGUACGGUGUCCCUACGACGUCCUGAAGAUUAAGACACCCAAGAAAGAAUUUGGCCUAUUCUGCGGCAGCACCCCACCUCCCAAAAUUGAAACGCGCAGCAAUACUGUAGAUAUCAACUUCAUCACAGACAGUUCUGGUGUUCAUGCUGGAUGGAAGCUCAGAUAUGAAACAACAGCUUUGCCAUGUCCCAACCCUCAAGCGCCACCCCAUGGCCGGAUCGCUCCGGUGCAGGCAAAAUACAUUAUGAAAGACUUCUACAGCCUCUCCUGCAGCGUGGGCUAUGUGCUUUUCGAAAACAAACUGAUUGUGGAAUCUUUCGAAGCGAUCUGCCAAAAGGACGGCACCUGGAACAAGCCAAUGGCCCAGUGCACCAUUGUUGACUGUGGCCCUGCCAAUGACGUAGCGAACGGCACACUUGUGUAUGCCACCGGAAGAGAUAUUUCCACGUAUCAAGCCGAGAUCAAAUAUAACUGUGAGAGCCCCUUCUAUGCCCUGAAAGCAGGCCACUCUGGUAACUACCGGUGCGCGCCUGACGGUUUCUGGAGGGAUCACGAGGGGAACAAAGCACCGCCGGUCUGUGAGCCAGUCUGUGGAGUCCAAACUUCUAACACACUGAAGCGCAUCUUUGGUGGGGAAAGGGCUCUGCCUGGCCAGUUCCCUUGGCAGGUUUUAAUCACGGAUGCACACGGAGCAAUCGGGGGCGGAGCCCUUUUAUACGAUAACUGGAUCUUAACGGCCGCUCACGUCCUCAGCAACCCAGCCGACGCAUCCACCCUGACCCUGAAACUGGGGCUCCUGAACAAGCGCUCCCCUCAUUACCACCAAGCCCAGGCAGAAUCGGCUUUUGUCCACAGAGGCUUUGUGAAUGACGGCAUCCACUUCAACAACGACAUCGCCUUGAUUAAACUGAAACACAAAGUCCCCAUCAACAAAAACAUCACCCCGAUCUGCUUGCCGGGAUACCGCCCCAGCUUCCGCGUGAACACGAACGAUACGGGAAUAAUUGCCGGCUGGGGGAAAACUGAGCGGUCCCGGCAGUCCCGCUUCUUGCUGUACACCGAGGUAGACGUCAUUGAGCCCAGCAAGUGCAAAGCUGCGUACGCAAACCGCCUGCUGGAGGGAAGGCUGCUCACGCUGACCGAAAACAUGCUUUGUGCGGGGACUGAGGAGGGGGGGAAGGACUCCUGCUACGGGGACAGCGGGGGAGCCCUGGUGUUCUACGACCCGUCGAGCAAGAGGUGGUUUGCUGGUGGCGUUGUCUCCUGGGGCCUCAAAUGCGGGUCUGCUGAGCUCUACGGGGUGUACACUAAGGUGGCCAAUUAUAUGCCGUGGAUUGAGGACCUAAUCGCCCACCAUUCUUGAUUGGUUUUUGUUGUUUUUCAAUAAAACAAAGCAUAGAA